AAAAAANAAAAAACAAAGGGGGCUAAUUCGGAGCUCUCCUCCACCCACACACAUCUUUCUUCUUCUUCUCCGCAACCAUCAACAAACCAAAAAAAACAACCAAAAAUUUCCCAGAAAAUCAGAUAAUUCUUUGAGAUCAUCGGUGAAAUAACAACUCAUUCAUCAGCUUAAAAAAACGGCACUAGUUCCGAUCGUUUUACAGCUCGAAAAAGCUGAUUCUUUUCCGAUAAGGAUCAUUCCAAUUUCUAUUUCUUCCUUUGGGAGGUGAUCGAUCGGGUUUUAUUUAUUUUUAAAUUCUUAAAUUAGGUUUUUUGCCACCAAAUUAGCCGUCGAAAAGGGUUUUGUUUCGUUGCGAUCUAAGGAUUUCCGAUGGCGGGAUUGGAGAAAAACUCGGAUUUCUCAGGGAAGACGAAAUCGCCUACGACGUCGUCGUUUUUCAACAGGUCCCUUACGAUUCACGGGAGGACAGCGGCGGAUUCCAACCCUAAACCCCACAAUCUCAACCCUUCCCUGAACCGUACGACGUCAAUCACCAAAUUCUACACCCCCGUAGAAUCAGUAGGCAGUUCUCUCAAAGGAAAAGUCAAAAACCUCUGUAGAUUGUUCGAGAGUUCCAAACCUGUGAAACCACCUCCACCUGAGCUUCCUCAGAAGCAGAAAUCAGGGAAAUCGCUUUUAUCCGAGUCUCGGAUAUCGCCUUUCUCGACGUUAAACAACUCUGUGAUCCGUCUCCCAGGUACAGAGGAUAGGAUUGUGGUGUAUUUCACUAGCUUGAGAGGGAUUAGGAGGACUUUUGAGGAUUGUUAUGCUGUGAGGAUGAUCUUUAGAGGUUUUCGUGUUUGGAUCGAUGAGCGUGAUGUCUCCAUGGAUAUAGCUUACAGGAAAGAGUUGCAGAUUGCAAUGGGUGAAAAGAGUGUGUCUUUGCCUCAGGUGUUCAUCAUGGGGAAGUAUGUUGGUGGUGCUGAUGUGGUCAAGAGUUUGUUUGAGAUUGGCGAGCUUGCCAAGAUUCUUAAAGAGUUUCCUAUGAGACAACCAGGUUUUGUUUGCCAUUGUUGCGGUGACAUUAGAUUUGUUCCGUGUUCCAAUUGUAGUGGUAGCAAGAAACUGUUUGAUGAGGAUGAAGAUAGACUCAAGAGAUGUCCUGACUGCAAUGAGAAUGGUUUGAUACGUUGUCCCCAUUGUUCAUCUUGAGAUGAUCUCAUCAUCAUCAACCUUAAAAAAAAAAAAAAACAAAGAGGUAUUUAUUAUUCUCUUUUGAUAUGUCCAUUGUUGUGUUAGUAGAACAGUGAAUGAUGCUGCUACAAGUAUCCGAAAAUCUCUUUUGGAUCAGCAGCAUUUCACUUUUGGGUUUUUUUAAGGCUCUUGCGAUCAACGGUAAUUGGGAAUGCUGUUGAUCGUGGAUUUUAGUUUUAUGUAUGCUUGCUACUAAGGACUAAUGUAAUUUGUGUAGUCAAAAUGUCUGAAACCGGGUAGUAAGCAUUUUGACGUUCGUGUGUCAAUGUUGUGAAAGACAACUUUGUUCGUAUGCAUUUUAUUUUGAUUGUAUAUAUACUUAGUGUGUUUAUGGGUAUUAUUUUGAGUACGACAGGUAUCUGUGUUCGACUC